AUGGCCACAUUAAAAACAGAGCAAUCAUAAAUUUCUUAAUAAACAUAAUAAGUUUUUGAUCAAAUAGCAUUUUAAUCUACCAAAAGACUCUCACUUAUGUAAGCUACUUCUAUGGCAUUUAAUGAUGAAGAUAUUAGCUCAUCAUGGAAUGCAUUUGGUUAAUAUAUUGCGAGAAAUCUUAGAAUGGGAAGAGGAAUAUACAUUUAAAAUUUUGGUUUAUUUACUCUAAGUGCACCUGAAUUUUCUUUAUAAGGUGUUACAAAUAAAUAAUUACUCGAAAAAGAAGGUCGAGUGCCUGUAUUUAUAAUAUCAAAAGAUUUUUGUAAAGGAAAAGAUAUUAAAUCCGGAAUUUAUAUAGGAGAUACAUUACGUUCUUAUUAAGUAAUAGGAGUAAAUGGUAAUAUACCUUAACAAAAAGCAAAUUUUAUGGAAAUUAGUACAUAUGCUUAAAAAGGUAAAGAAGAAACAAAAAUAUGUAUAGAAAGAGUAAUAAAGAAUUUACAAAACUAAGCAAGAUAAGUAAAAAAAAAUAAAAAUUAAAACAAAAAAAAGAAAACAAUUUAAAAGUAAACUUCAAUUAAUUUUUAAAUUCCUAAUGUGGGUAAUUUAAAAAUAAGAAAUGGAUUAGCAGGUGUUUAAUUUAAUGACUAUAUUUGCAAAGUAACUAAAGAUGUAUCUAAAAAACCGAUAUAGGAGAAAAUACUAAGAGGAGACAUGACAUUAACUAAAGAAAAAUUAUACUAGUUUUAAUAAUAACAAUAAUAAUAGCAAUAAUAAUAAUAAUAAAAUUAAGAAAUUAUAAAUAAUUUAUAAAAAUCGCAAGUAAGUAUAGAUUAGACAGCUUAAAAUUAUUUGUCAACAAAAAUGAAUAUAAACAUAGACGAUAUUUUUAAAAAAAAAAAUAAAAAUAAAAAUUCUAUAUCAUAAUAAAUAUAAAAUUAAACUUAAAAGAGCUAUAUAAAUGGGACAAAAGAAUCAAUAAACUCAGAUAAUUAAACAGGAAUAUAAAUUUUAACUUUUUGGAUUAGAAGCAAACAUUUAAAUAAAGAAGAUUCUUUUAUAGAAUUCAGUAAAUUUUGUAAAGGAAAUGUUUAAAGAAGUACAAAGCUAACAGAAGAUGAAGUCAUUAAAGGUCUUUUAAAUAUGGAUAUAGACAUGACUUCAGAACAAGCAAAUUAAAUAUUCGGAUAAUUAGAUUACAAUAAGGAUAAAUUUGUAUGUAUAAACGACUGGAUAAAGGUUAUAAAAGAUGAUACAGAUAAUUAAUUAUUAUAAAGAAUAAAAGACAUAAUAAAAAAAUAGCAUUUAAAACUAGACGAUGUAUUCAAAACAAUGUAAAUUGAUCGCAAAAAUACAUAAAUAAGCGAAAAAACUUUAGUAAAGGCAUUAAGAUAACUAGAUAUGAAUUUAAAUGAACAAAAAUCUUUAUCAGUUGCUAAAUCUAUAAUGCAAAAUAAACAGUAUAUAGAUUCUUCGACCUUAAUAAAAGUUUUAUGCUGUGAAAACGAUAAUUAUUUAGAAGAAUCUAAAGAAUUAGAAGACUUAAAUUGGCACAAUGACAUGCUAUUACGUAUAAAAAAAUAAAUAAACACACUUCCAAACCCAAAUAUAGCUGAGUAACUAUUUUAAAAAUCCGACAUAAGAAAUUCCGGUAAAAUAAAUAGUUCCAUAUUUAAAACCUGUAUACUAGAUAUGAACAUAGGAAUAAAUGUAAAAGACCUUAAUAGACUUAUGAGGUAUAUAGAGAAAGAAUUCGAUGGUUUAAUUGACUAUAAUAAAUUUUUAAAAUCAUUGAAAAGAAUCGAUUAUAGAAUUUAAGGAAAUAAAAAUAUCUUUUGUUUUGUAGAUUCUAUAGAUUUCUAUGAAAAAUUAAUCAUAUUUCUAAAAAGAAGACAACUAAAAGAUGCCGAAGAGCUUCUAAAAGAUAUAUUAGUACAAAAUAAGCAUUAAAUAAGGCAUAUAAACGAAAUUACAAAUGAAAUAUUUACCGAAUUUCUCAAAAAAGAGGCUUUCCCUAACUCCGAUAUCCAAGAUUUGGAAAAAUACGUGACAUAAAUCGACAUAGAUAAAGACGGAAUAAUUUCCCAGGAAGACUUAACUACAUUUUUAUCAAGAAUAAGCUACAUAUACAAAGAUUAAAAUGUCUAAAAAAAGCAAAAAAUACAAUAAAUCUUUUCCCCAAAGAUCUCCCUCCAUCUAAAUAACUAGAAACUAUUCUAUUUGAAAUCCGAAAUAUACUCAAAAUUAAAAAAAUCUCCCAAAGAGAUUUUUUUACUAUCUUAGAUUAAAACAAUGAUGGUUUUAUAACUAUUGAAGAAUUUUCUUAAAAAAUAGACUUAAUUUUAAAUCUUUCAUAGUAAGUAAAAGAUGGCUUAUUUGCCUUUAUGGACAAAUCGAAAAUCGGAAUGGUUAAUUAUUAGGCUUUUUCUAAAGCCAUAAAUGCCUCAGCGAUAGAUUUAAAGGAAACUUAUGAAGAAAAUGAGUGUAAAACGCCGAAAAACGAAUGGGAAUUUACACAAAAAACUCUCGAAGAUAUUAAAAUAUGGUUUUAGAAUGAAAAAAUAAGCUUUGAGGAUGCUUUUAGGAUUAUAGAUAAUGAUUUUGACGGUUUAAUUUCCAAAAGUGACUUAAAAAUCUUCCUAGAAUAGAUUUUACAUAAAGAAGAUUUGA